AUGGUCGAUUGUCAGGAUGGUCACAGUUUCCUCGAAACAAUUGAGUUUGUUUCAAUUGUUUUUCACUGUCUAACUGUAAUUGAAGUUCCUGUUCAUCUGUACACAGCUUGGGUUAUUCUAUUCAAAACUCCAGAAUCUAUGAAUUCUGUGAAAUGGCACAUGUUCAAUGUUCACUUCUGGAGUGCUUUUCUAGACAUUUCCGUCAGUUUUCUAACUGCUCCGUAUCUUCUAUUCCCUCAUAUUGCUGGUUAUGGUGCUGGGUUUCUAAUGUAUUUAGGAGUUGACCCAUUUGUUCAGACAACCUUUGUUGUCAUCCUAAUCGGAUGUACUGUUAUUUCCAUAGCAGUGCUUUUCGAAAAUCGAUAUACAAUACUGGCAUCAUCUAGCCGUUUUUGGUAUCGUGUUAGAAAGUCAAUUAUUGGUGUUUUCUACAUUGUCGCUUGGACAUAUUUUGUACCAUUUCAAUAUUUGAUUCCUGAUCAGGUAGUGGCUGUUCCUAUAAUUUUUGAGAAGCUUCCCUCCCUUCACUGCUUCUACACUGGCCCUGUAUUUGUGAUUGCUCUCGAUGUUACCAUCAUAGUUUGGGCAACUGCAACUAAAAUGUUUUUCGAGUUUCUAUUCAUUGGUGCUUUCGGUAUUCUCACAUAUAUCAGUAUCACGAGUCAAAACAAAAGUGUUUCACUUUCGAGAAAAACACUGGCCCUUCAGAAACGGUUUUUCAUGUCAAUCAUAAUACAAACAGCUAUUCCAACCACUAUUAUUGCUAUUCCGCUGUUAUGUUGUGCUAUUUCAUUACUUCAAGGGCAUUACAGUCAAGCUAUGAAUAAUGUUUGCUUCUUAAUAAUUUCCAAUCACGGUUUGGUGACCACAUUUGCCAUUCUACUCAUUCACAAGCCUUAUCGAGAUGCCAUAUUCCCUUGUUUACGGCGGGAACGAAAAAUAACAACGGAUAUAAUUAGUACUGUACUUCCAACUGUGGAUUAA